GAAGUAAACAGCUGGACAAUCUUAGCUUAGCUCCUCCCUGUUGCCGCCGCUGCUGCCCCACCGGCCGGAGACAACCCGACCCUCAUGUUGCCUCCCCCGGAGUGUCUUGGCUGAGAAGGUUUGAGCCAAAGAUACGACAUCUAGUGUCUUUGGUUUGAGCCGCUCGAGUCUAUCAGCGGGCGAGAGGGCGGAGCGAUGGCGAAUGCGGCGAAUCUGAACGCGGUGCGGGAGACGAUGGACGUCCUGCUUGAAAUUUCAAGAUUGCUGAAUACUGGUCUUGACAUGGAAUCCCUCUCGAUUUGUGUCCGUCUUUGUGAACAAGGAAUCAAUCCUGAAGCCUUGGCAUCAGUUAUUAAAGAACUGCGCAAGGCUACCGAAUCACUCAAAACUACAGAGAAUAUGACUGGUUGACAUCCUCUUGGUGAUGAAGUUUUCUGCGGAGGGUAUCUACGCUAGGUCACACAGAAAAUCAUUGUCAUGAAUGAACAUACAAAGUUGGCAAAAACAUAGUUUUGUACAAUAGCAGAUAGGAAUGAUUGUUACUCCAGGUUAAAUUAUGUAAAUUGUGGAAUAAUUUAUUGAUGUUGACAUGCAAACACUUGUUAAAUAGAACCACACUGAAUUUAACGUGUUUUAAAUGUAUUGCUUAUUGUGGAUUGUUUUCAGGGGAUGCUUGUUUAAAAAAUAACGGUGUUAAAACACCAACCUCUUACAGGGGGAGAAGUUCCUAAACCGGAUUCAGUAUAUUUUAAGUUUCAUUAUGUGACUGGAAGUGCCAAUUUGCAUUUGACCAGAGCUGAUAUGAAUUGUAAUUAUGCUUUCUCAUGCAUCUUCUCUACUGAAAGAAAGUUUAAAAUAUAUAUUUCUUAUUCAAGGCAUGUAAUGGCAAUACUAAUAUAGAUUUUACUGAAUCUGCCACUUUACGAGCUUUUUUAUUGUACUACACAUCAGCUAAAUCAUAAUUGGAAUGCAAUUGUUGUUGUAUAUUAAAAUGUGAUUUAUUGUGUCUCUCCCUCCAGAAUUAUAAACAAUACAAUCACAAUCUGCUGAAAAUAAGCAAUUCUAAAAUUUAGUUUAGAAAAUGUGUGCUAUUCUGGACUGUUAGUUGCUAAUACAAUGAUUUAUAUCAGGUUAUAAUUUCAAAAUCCAGAUUGUGUUAUUGCAUUUGAUCUAAAGUUUUAGGGACAAAACAUCUGUUGAUAAGCUAAUAACAUUGACAGUGUGUUAGAUUUGUGAUUAGUAUUUUUUUUUUUUUUAUUUUGUUACAUUACAUUGAAAUGCCUCCUAUUCUUGAAUUUUGGGUGCAUUUUUUCACCAGAAUUAAAGUUCUGAUGAAAAAUAUGGUACAAGACUUACAGUUUAAUAAUAGAAGUAAAAGUGAUACAAUUUAUUGUAAAUGCAUUCAUUAUGUUGCUUGAUUUAUAGUUAGUUUUGUUGUUCAUCUCAAAUGUAAAGCAAAUAUAAAAAUGGUUUCAAAGGUGAA